UUAUGCAGUGCUUUGGUUUGCGGAGGAGAUUCUUAAAGAGAGUUGAGAGAAUUGAAUUGUGGUGAUUGGUAGAGUGAAUUGUAAGAAUGGCGCCAGUGUCGGCUCUUGCAAAGUACAAGUUGGUGUUCUUGGGGGAUCAAUCCGUCGGCAAAACCAGCAUCAUCACUCGCUUCAUGUACGACAAAUUCGACAACACUUAUCAGGCUACGAUCGGUAUUGAUUUUUUAUCAAAAACUAUGUAUCUUGAAGAUCGAACUGUCCGACUGCAGUUGUGGGAUACUGCUGGACAGGAAAGAUUUAGAAGUCUAAUUCCAAGCUACAUUAGGGAUUCCUCUGUUGCUGUCAUCGUGUAUGAUGUUGCAAGUCGUCAGACUUUCCUCAACACAUCAAAGUGGAUUGAAGAGGUACGCAGUGAAAGAGGCAGUGAUGUUAUUGUCGUUCUUGUUGGGAACAAAACUGACCUUGUGGAUAAAAGGCAAGUCUCCACAGAGGAAGGGGAAGCAAAGGCCCGGGAGCUAAAUGUUAUGUUUAUUGAAGCUAGUGCAAAAGCUGGAUUUAAUAUAAAGGCCCUCUUUAGAAAAAUUGCUGCGGCAUUACCUGGGAUGGAAACACUAUCUACCACAAAACAAGAAGAUAUGGUCGAUGUGAACCUAAGGUCUUCUGCUAACCCAGACUCUCAACCUCAGUCUGGAUGUUCUUGCUGACUAUACCUCGUCUUGAAGUUUUGUAUCUUUCUGCUUCGUGCUAUUUAUUUCGGAAUGUAUUUGCCUCAGAUCUGUAAAGAUUCAUUAGUCUUUUAGACUUUAACAGCAUUAUGUGAGAAAAGUUACGUAAAACAAGUCGAGAGGUAGCCGUGAAAGAACAAAUAUAAUACAGCUUGUUCGUUAGUUUGUUGUUCAUUUUUGUUUUGGUU